AUGAAGACGGAGUCCUCUCCUCUCGGACUCUGGGACGAACAAAAGGAAGAGGCAAAAAUAAAAAAGAUUUUGAUCUGUGUAGCAGCAGCAUCCGCAGGAGACCUCUUUGUUGUUGUUUUUUUUACGGGGGAGGGAAGGGACGGCGGAUGCGCCAAUGUGCCUCAGGCAUUUUUUGGCGGACCAUCCGCCACACUGCGUUCACGUCGCUGCAUCCUUUUGCCUCUCCUGCGUGCGUUGUGCCGCCGCGCGCGCCUCCUGCGGUUCUCAAUUUUCUUCUCUGCCCUCUACUUCCUUCUUCCAUGCGCCUUCGCUUUUCUUUUCUUUGCCGCCCCGCACACAAACGCGCGCGGCGUGGGUGCUUGUGCCAUUCUUCAGCCGUGUGGAUUCGUGGAAAUGCAACUCGGGCCGCAGAAACGCACUUUUGCGCGCCCACCCGCGUUGGGCGGGGCGCCCGUCCCCGCGACGGAGUUUAACGCCAUUCUCCGCAUUCAGAAAAUUCGUCAGACGCUCUGCGGCGUGGUCGCCUCGCGGGGCGCCUCGUCUGAGCGGGCCUCGACGCCGCAGCAGGAGGUGCGGGGCCAAAGCCCGGAGGCGCAGGCGCCUGCGCCGCCGGUCUCCGCCGCGGGCCGGUUCCUGCUCUCGUCGCAGCGCCGCGUGGAGGAGCUGAUGCGCGAGAACCACCGCCUGGAGCUGCUGUGCGUCUCGCAGGAGGAAACCGUGAGGGAACUUCGUGAGGUGCUUGCGUCGGGCAGGGGGCAGCAGGCUGAGGGCGUCGCGGACGCGUCGGCGAAGCGUGAGCGGUCGCAGCGGCGCAACACGCCAUCGCUGAGCCGCAGGAGCCAAGCGGCGCCCCGCGCGUCGGAGUGCGUCGGCGCGGCCGACGCCGCUGGUGCGCCGCAGUCGUCGCCGGUGCCCGGCGGGCUUGUGGAGGCCGUACAGCAACUCGUGGACGCCGCGGCGUGGGUGUUUCCCCGGCUUCUCUCCGACGCCGGUGCCUCCGGCGACGGGGCAGAGAAGGGGCUGGAGACGGCGUGCGCCGUCCUCGGCUUUGUGGCGGAUCACCUCGCCGAGUGGGACCGCCUCGCCAGCGAGUCCGCGGAGGUGAGGGCGGCGCACGCGCUUCUCUCGCAAACGCUCCUCAACCUGGAGGCGGAGUCGGUGGAGUGGCGCGCCACAAUCCUCGCCGUGGUUCAGAAGCUGCAGGCGACGCAGGCGGAGCAGCGGCGGUGCCUCCAGGAGAAGGACUCGCGCAUAGACGCGUUGGGUGCCAGGGCCGACGCCCUCGCCGCUGACGUUGCAGGCGCCGUGGAGGAGCGGGACCGCUGCACGCACCGCUGCGAGGACCUGGAGCGCUCCAUCCGCCUCCGCGUGGAGGAGCAGGCGAGCGAGCGUGGGGAAGCGGAGCAGCUGCGGCGCGAGUGUGAGCUGCUGCGCGGCGAGCUGGACUCCCUUCGCGCGUCCGCGCCGAAGGACGCCGUUGCCGCUGCCGGGGUCGCUGCAUUUGACGCAGGCGAGCAGCGCACCUGGACGCAGGUGGACGUUGAGGACUUUCAGACGACGAUUGCGUGUCUCACGAAUGAGCGUGACGCACUGCAGAGCAGGUUCGACGCCCUCACGCACACGCUUGCCGAGGUGAAUGGACGUGUGCUGUCGCUAGAGGAGGAGAAGCGCGAACUCUCAGAGCGACUGAGGACGCUGCAGGAGGACGCCGAGCAGAGGGUGCAGGAAAUUGCGCAAUUGAAACGCGCUGCGGCUGCUGCCGCCGCCGCCUCGUCGCACGAAACUCCAGCAGCUGCGCGCGCUCACUGCCCUGCGGAGGCGCACCGGCGUUGGUUUCUGCAACCGGUUGAGUGCUGCCGGUUUGACGGAGCGGAGUUGUUGACCCCCGUCGUGGACGUCUCCCCUGUUCUCUGCGCCCUGGGCGCCGACGUCUCCGCCUUCGCCGACAGCAACGAGCACGUACGCUCCCCAGGGCUGUUUUUUCACAUGGGGAGUGCCAUUGCGCAGGACCUUGGGCUUUUUAGAGACUUGCCCUCCACCUCCCUAGACGCGUGGAAGCGGUUCCUGCUACAGCUGCAAACCGGCUUCAGAGACGCCCUCUUCUACACCGCCGACCACGCCGCCGCAUGCGCCCAGUUCUUUUACGCACUUUUGCUGCGCUCAGGGAUGGUGCCUCACAUGGGCCGCGCGGAGUUGCUGGCCGCCGUGACGGCCGCACUCUGCAUGCAGUACGGCCACCCAGGUGUCUCAGGCUGCCUUCUCUCCGCGGCGCAGGACCCCGCCGCCGCUGGCGUGCACAGCUGCAUCCUCCUACAGCGCCGACGCCUACAGGACCUUGGCGACCUCCUUGCACAGGACCCGUUUCACUUCCUCGACGAUGCUCCGGCGACGCACUCGCUGCUCGAUGAGGUGAGGGAUUUACUUCUUCCGGAGGAGUGCGAUGGGCAGUGCAGUGGUGUGAUGCGUGCGUGCCUCGGGCUUCUGUCAGCUGGGCCCUUGCAGCUGGAGAGCAGGGCCAUGCGCUGCCGGUUUGUGCAACUACUACUGAGGUUGUCGCAGUACGCAUUCUGCAUGCGGGCGUUUGACGUGCAUGAGCGGUGCGCCGAGAAGUGGUUCAGCCUGAUGCAGCGGCAGUCGCAGGUCGCCGCUGAACUCGGGAUCUACGGCUUCGACGUGCCGCACACCACACCCACCGCCGCAGAGGCGCAGCUGCUGCUGAUUGAGUUCACGGUCCUACCGCUCUGUCGCAUCGCGGCUCAGGCCUUCCCGUCGCUGCAAGCGUGCGAGGAGGCACUGCGGGCGAACCACGCCACUUGGAGCCUGCGGGCCGCGCAGCACCCCACCGACGGCGUUGCGUUUGAACUGCUUGAGGCUUCGUUGCGUCCCACCAGCGCCUCGCCCGACGUUGAGGGCGCGGCGCGCGAUGCCGCGGCCGCCUCCGGCACGGACCCACGCGCUUUGGACGACGCUCGCGUCAGCGCCGCAGUGCGUGUGGCGAGCGGCUCCCUCCUCGUCAACACCUCCUGCUUCCUCGCCUCUCAGAAGGAGAUGCUCGCCGCAUACGAGGAUAACGCCACUCUGCGCCGCCUGCUCGAGGCACUUCUCGCCCCCGUUGAGACCCUCCCCGCACCCCAAGACGUUGCCGCCUGA